UCUCUUAGGUGGGGAUGUUGAGGAAGCACAGGGUACUCAAGGUGUCCUGGCAGAGCCAGGCCUCAAAGCUGAAACCACUGCAAAAUGUGGGGACUUUUAGGAGCAAACCAUGCCUGCUUUCUCCAUAUGUGAACUGCCUUUAUUGAGCCUUCACUGGGGUGUCUGGUUCUUUAUGACUAGAGUUAAGCCAUAUAACCAUCGCAGGAGGGUGAAGAAACAGAUUCUGAGACCUUUCUAAGUAGUGCUUCAAGGUCAUAUGUGGGGUGUCAACAUAGGCCCAUUUGACCCCAAAGUCUGGGCUUUUAACCCUCAAGAGCACUUUGAUAUUGAAGUGGUUAAGACCACAGGCCAUUGGGUCAUUUCCUGGUUGAGUUUCCUUGAAUCCAUUCAUGAGUCCUUGGAAGCCUCAGUUUCCUCACCUGUAAGAUGGGGAUGUUGUGAGGAUUCCAGGAGAUGCUGCAAGAGGAAGGCCCUAUUAGGUUCUCAAAAAUAAUGUUAACUGCUGUUAUUACCAUGUAUCUUGGUUCUUCUGCUGCCAUUAACCUCUCUGGUGCUCUUGCCCCUCUUAAGUCUUUUAUUCAGAGAUUUCUUCAGUGGACAGAAUUAUUGGAUCCUACAAAUUUGGUCGUUUCAAUUGAAAAAAUAGAAAAAUCAAGGCAGCUAUUGUUAACCCAUGAAGAUGCAUCCAGAAGUGACUUGGAGGACAAAAGGGUACAAGAAGCUUGGAAGAGAAGUCUCUCAACAGUGCAUCCUGACAAUAGCAGGCUGAUCCCUGGUCCUUUUCGACCUGCAGCUUUCCUGCCUUUCACAGUGCCCAUGGUAUUUCUGUCAAUGCUGCCCGUAAAAAGUCUAAAGUCCAUGAUUUUACCUCAGGCUUCCUUCUACACCUACAGUACAGUCUUCAACAUUGUCAAUGGAAAUGCAAGUUAUGAUCGUCGCCCCCAUGAGAGUAUCUUAGUAGGAGCAGGAGUGAUUGCUUCUUCCACCUUUUUUGGAUUAUUCCCUCGUUUGCUCCAAGUAAGAUUUUCACUGAACAGCAUUUUGAGCAGAAACGUCAUUCCUGUCAUCAUUCUCGCCCAACUCAGUGGAAUGAAUGUGGUUGCAUCGAGAAGUUUGGAGCCCCUGCGAGGGAUUGAGGUCAUGGACAAGGAAGGCAGUGUCAUCGGCUAUUCCAGAAAAGCUGGGACAAAGGCCAUUAAAGACACAGCAACAUCCAGAGUUGUGCUGUUUGGGACCUCAGCUUUUAUCCCUGAAGUCUUCUCAUACUUUUUUAAAAGGACCCAGUUUUUCCUGCAGUGCCCGUGGUCACUGUGGACCCUAAAGCUUUCUUGUACUAUCCUUGUCAUGGGACUGAUGGUGCCAGUUUCUUUUAGUAUAUUCCCACAGAUUGGACGGAUACAGUGCAGUGAGCUUGAAAAGGAAAUUCAGUCUGCAACAGAAGAAACAGAACUCUUCUAUAACAGAGGGGUGUAGGGGUCUGACUUGGACGUCAAUCACUCUUCUCCAGGAAGCCUUCCAGGAUUCACAGUACUGAACUAGGUGCCCUUCCAAUGUGCUCCUGUAGUGCUCGUAUCAUGCCUAGCACUCGCCACACCGCGUGCAAUCCCGUUUGCUGACUGUGCACCUUGACAGCAGGAACUGUUGUCUUGGGCAUCAAGGAAGCCCCAGGAUACGUAGUCCACGGUGUAGAGUAGGUACCCAAACGUAUGCGUACUGGAUGGAGGGCUGUUUCCAACACACCCUGCCCCAAGUCAUCUAAGAAUGCACCUGUGGCUUUCAGUUUUCCCUAGGCCACAAUGACGGUUAUCUCCAAAUUGGGUAAAAGAUGUUUCACAACAGCCUAAAAGGACAAAAUCAGUAAAAGGGAUGUAUCAGUCAGCUCCAUGUAGCCACAGGCUUAUACUAAACAAACUUAACAAAAUGUGCAAUGGCUCCAAGUGGAGGUUCAGCCACUGACAGAUAACUGAGUAGUAAUGUGAGAGCAUCUUUUCAGAGAAGGCACUCGGACCUUACAGUCAGCUCCAGGAAGUGCGGGGUGGAGGAGGGCCGGGCAGAGAGAGAAGGGCUGAGCCAGUGGUGGAAGGAGCCAGACUGCCUAACUUUCAAAUCGGUCUUUGGAUAAUUUCCCGGUGGGCUUGCAGUUGACAAAAAAGGGUUUUUUCUUUUGUUUGCGGUGGGGAGAAUUAGAGAAAGAGGGCACAACUUUUCAUAUGCCUAAAACUGUUGAGUAUCAAAAUAUUUCAUUUUAUUUCUGUAUCAUAAAUUUGUCAUUUUAACAACUUUGAUCAUUAGCUAAUAGAGUAAUACCAAAAAAACGCGGGCAAAAAAGAUGUUAGUAUUCAUUCCCAUAAAGUGCAGAUUUAAUUUUCAACUGUUUGCCUCAGUAAAACAUCAUCUCAUUUCAAAUCCUCCCCUGCCCCGACCCAAGGAGGGGCUAUUUUAAAACUUUUUUCCCUAACAAAUGUCUAACACCAGGAAUAAAUGAAAGAUCCAAUAAAGACAAGCUUUUUUGCAAACA